AUGACAAACCCACAAGACAAUCCUAGAACUCCUCCACCACCCACUCCCUCUAAUUCAGCUACCCCUCCUCCACCUAGCACAUCUCCCAAACCCAGGCUGAGAAGGGUGAAAAUGCUUGCUUGGAAAACAGUAGCGUCUGGGGCUCUCUCAAAGAAAUUAAAUGAGAAAUUAAAGGCAAGCCAGGUCCAAAAAUCUGACUCCAACUCUAAUUCUGAGGAUGUAGAAUUAUCUGAGUUACGAAGGAGUGGAGAAAAAAAGAAAUCUAAAAAAGAAAAGAGAGAGAGAGAGGGUGCAUGUGGUGAAGACAGGGGAAAUGGGAAAAGAGUGGUUGAUCAUUCACCCACUGCUGGUUUGUCUGUGCCUGCUAUCUGUGGGGCUAAACAAGAAAAUGUAGAAGAGAGUGGCAAAAAGUCAGGGGGAAGUGGUUCUGGUGAAGCUGCUGAAGGGUUAGUUAAUCUAAGCGCACAAGGAGAUGAACCUGGUUUAUCAACUGAAGAGACCCUAACAGAUUUAUUGAAAAAGGUUGGGACAAGUUAUGAUCCAAAGAAAAGACGAACUCCCACACCAAAAUCCCCCAGUGCUGCUAAACCCUCUAUGAAAAGAAAGGCUUCAUCCCCAACAACUACUGAAACUUCUUGCCUAGGGGAAGAGCCACAAGAAGCAGGGUGA